AUGUCGAAUUCACGCCCUCCAGCUGCCAAACCCAAGUUUCGGGUGGCCAUAUGUGGGGGUGGGAUGGGAGGUCUCGCACUUGCCAGCACCCUCGGCUGCUAUGCACAUCCGGGAUUUCCGCUCGAGGUGCAUCUGUACGAAGCAGCGACAGAGAUCUCCACGGUCGGUGCUGGGAUCUCCGUCUGGCCGCGCACAUGGAGAAUCCUAGAACUUCUGGGACUGCGUGACCAGGUUGCACGUGCCUCGGUCGAACCACCGACGGCGAAAGAGAAGAUUGGCUUCACUUUGAGGAAGUCAGAUCGGUUAAAUGAUCCGUUCAUCUUUCACGAAUUAAUGGUGCCCAAUGGCUCUACGACGAUGCAUCGCGCGGACAUGGUUGACAUCCUCAGGAGCAAUGUUCCACCGUCCUAUUCGAUCCAUACGUCGAAGCAGCUCCUUCGGUAUUCCGAGGUGAUAGACGCACAGAGUGGCCAGGCUGUUCUCAAAUUGCAUUUCCUCGACGGUUCAACGGCGGAGACGGACGUAUUGAUUGGAGCAGAUGGCAUACAGUCCGCCACCCGUGCCUCGCUCUAUGACAUCGCCCAUGCACGGGAAUGUGCUCUUGGAGAGGACAGAAGUGCCUGCGCACGGUGUGCUGCUGCGACUCCGAAAUGGAGCGGGACCCUUGUAUACCGGUGUCUCAUUUCUACUGAGAAGCUGAGAGAGAAGAACCCUCAGCACAGUGCCACAGGCCUCACGCUUUCGUACUGCGGGAAAGGAAGGCAUAUUAUAACGUAUCCAGUCUCCCAAGGGCGACUCGUGAACGUCGUUGCACUUUAUACCAUUCCUGGAGCAGAAGGGAAAACAUACCAUGAGGAAUGGGUUCAAAACGUAUCCAAGGAAGAAAUCGUGGAGAAAUACGUCGGAUGGGAGCCAGAAGUCCAAGAGCUGCUUCAGUGCGUGGAAGCGCCUUCGCGAUGGGCCAUUCAUGUCAUGGAUGCCUUGCCAUUCAGCGUUGCGAAUAAGGUGGCGCUCCUGGGGGACGCGGUGCACGCCAUGAUGACUCACCAAGGCUGUGGGGCUGGCCAAGCUAUCGAGGACGCAUACAUCCUUGGUCGACUUCUUGCGCACCCGCACACGACUCUGGCACUGGUGCCCGACGUUCUACGAAUCUAUGAGAGUAUUCGACUUCCGUUCGCCAGCGGCGUUGCUUGGACAAUUCGAAAUACGGGGCGUCUAUACGAAUUCAACGCGCCAGGGCACUAUGAUGGAACGGCGCCCAAUGAGGAGGCAGACAGACUGCAGCUGCAGGCUCUCGGUGAAGUCGUUCGCGAGCAGUGGAAGUGGCAAUGGCAGGAACCGUUCGAUCUGCAGUGGGAGCAGGCAGAAGCGGCAUUGGAGCACCUGGUUCGAAAGGAAAUUAGAUAA